UCGGCCCUCGGUGACACCCAGGCGGCGCCACGGCCUGGCCAGCCUCCUGGGCCGUUGCAGAGUCGCGGAGCCGCGCCACUCGGAGAGAGAGACCCCGGCUACCCUGAUCUGCGCGCAAUCGGGACAGCGGAAGACAUGAGCGCGGGCAUGGGUGGCUUCUGGCCGGAGCCGUGGCUGCCGCAGUCGCUCGGCUCCCCGGGCCUGGCCCUCGCCGCGGGCCUGCUGCUGCUGGUCUUGUGCCUGAGCGCGCGGCGCACCAGGAGACGUGGUGAGCCUCCAUUGAUAAAAGGCUGGCUUCCUUACUUUGGACAAGCCCUGAAAUUACAAAAAGAUCCUCUGGGUUUCAUGACUACUCUUCAAAAGCAGUAUGGCGACAUUUUCACUCUUCUCCUUGGAGGAAAGUAUAUAACAUUUAUCCUGGAUCCUUUCCACUACACGUCAGUGGCAAAAAAUCAAAAAUUAAGCUUUCAAAUAUUUACUAAUAAAUUCUUAAAGAGAGUAUUUUCUAUCAAAAAGAUGAUAACAGAUUCUGACCUCAUCGACGAGAUUCAUAGUACCUAUCAAUUUUUACAAGGGAAGCAUUUGGACAUACUGAUGGAAAGCACAAUGCAGAAUCUGAAACAAGUUUUUGAACCCCAACUUUUAAAAACCACAAGCUGGAACACGGAAUAUUUGUUGCCAUUCUGCAACUCAGUGAUAUUCGAAACGACAUUUACAACCAUAUAUGGAAAUGUUCUUGCUGAUGAUAAGAAAACAUUUAUUACUGAGUUAAAAGAUGAUUUUUUAAAAUUUGAUGAAAAAUUCACACGUUUAGCAUCAGGCAUACCCAUUGAGCUUCUAGGAAACCUCAAGUCUGUUCGAACUAAACUGAUAAAAGACUUGACAAUAGAAAGCUUAGCUAAGUUACAAGGACUAUCUGAAGUUGUUCAAAGAAGGAAUGAUAUCCUGGAGAAAUACUAUAUGCCCAAGGACACUGAAAUAGGAGCACAUCAUUUAGGCUUGCUCUGGGCCUCUGUGACAAACACUGUUCCAACCAUGUUCUGGGCAAUGUAUUACCUUCUACGGCACCCGAAAGCUAUGGCCGUGCUGCGUGACGAAAUUGACCAUUUGCUGCAGUCAACAGGUCAAAAGAAAGGGCCUGGAUUUUCCAUCUACCUCACCAGAGAACAAUUGGACAGCCUGGUCUACCUUGAAAGUACCAUUCUUGAGGUUUUGCGACUCUGCUCCUUUUCUGGCAUCUUUCGUUUCGUUCAAGAGGACUUGACACUUCACUUAGAGAGCCAGGACUGCUGUCUGCGAAAGGGAGACUUUGUCGUCAUCUUUCCUCCCAUCUUACACCACGACCCUGAAAUCUUUGAAGCUCCAGAAGAGUUUAGAUUUGAUCGUUUUACAGAAAAUGGUAAGAAGAAAACCACCUUUUUUAAAAGAGGGAAAAAGCUGAAGUAUUACCACUUGCCAUUUGGAUUGGGAGUCAGCAAAUGUCCAGGCCGAUUUUUGGCCAUGGUUGAAAUAAAGCAAUUGUUGGUUGUGCUUUUAACUUACUUUGAUUUAGAAAUAAUUGAUAAUAAGCCCUUAGAACUAAACUAUAGCCGCUUUUUGUUUGGUAUUCCUUACCCAGACUCUGAUGUUUUAUUUAGAUACAAAAUAAAAUCGUAAGCUAAAAGGAAAGGAGAGAAAUCCAUCUAGAAAACUAACCUAAAUGUCCUCAGUUCAUCUAUUUGUUUUUAAUUUCAAGUGUAAUUGCUUUGUUUGUUUUAAAGAUGCCAAUUUCUAUUUGAUCUGAGAUCAGUCCCAUCUGUACUUGAUCACAAAACCCAUCAUUAAAAAAAAAAAGAUGGUAGCAUGAAAAUGGACAUCAAAAUCAACAUAAUGAUAAAUUUAAAGUAGCUUUUUUUAAGUUUCUACAUAUUGUGAUUUGCAAACGUCAUGGUAAAUGUGCCUUCACAGUAAUAGAUCUGACACUGUGGGAUUUUGUUAAGUCACAAAUUCUUCUAUAAUAUGUAAAAAUACACUUUAUGUACUAAUGGAAAUUUAUGCUGUAAAUGGACACAGUCUAACAAAUUUCAAGUUCUCAGAGAAGAAGGAAAUUAAAUUUCCAUGAGAUACACUAGAUGAAAAUGUUCCCUUCAAGUAUAAUAUCAAUAAUAUCUAUAUUGCUGGGGUACGUUUGCAUUAAAUGAGGUUUGCGGUAGAUUAAAUGCUUCAACUUCACUUCAAUAUUUAAUCAUCCAUAAAUGUACUUUAUUACUUUGUAUACUGUGGCUCAGUAGAACAAAAUUUCUUGUUAUAUAAGGCUACUCAUGUUCAAGUUAGAUACUGAUAAGAUUUAUCAGUAUAAGAACACACAAAACCUAUUAUAUAUUCAGCAAUUGCCCUAGACAUUAGUAUUAGGUUUAUUGUAGGAGUAAAUGUUGAGAUCAUUACAGGAUUGAUUAUAGCAUUUGACUCCAGUGUGAACUGUAAGGGUUAUGCCGGUGUCGUAAUUAACUUUCCUGAAUGCUUUAUAUCAAGCAUUUAUAUCAACUGAAAAACUAGAUAGCAGUAUUUGUUCUUGAUGCCUCACCUCUUGGACUGGGAUUUGAUUUGUAGUAUUUGAAUUACGGCAUUAUGUAAUGCAGUAUAAUUCCAUAUGCCAAAAUGCAGCGUCGGCUGGAUGAUUCAAAGAUUGCUAAUAUCAGAUUGCCAAAUGAUGGUUUGUCAUUCAACUUGAAUGCUGAUGCCAUAUACAAACAGGCAAAGCAGGUAAAUAAGCCCAGUUAUUUCAUGGGAACUUCUAGUUAUAACUUCUAGUUAUUUCAUUGAAACUUCUAGGAUUUCAGAAAUUUGCUUUUGUUUUUGAAAAGGAAAUUUAUCUUUCAAAUAACAUUAUAAAAUACUGAACCAUAUUUAGUAGCUAAAUAGCUUUUCUAGCAUCUAUUUUUCUCCUUCCUGAAGUUCAUGCACUAAAUGCUCCUCAGUGAAGGUCUGUCCGUCUGAACUUCGUUUUUGCCAAUUUGAAGAUGCUUUCCUUUUUGUCCUCAUUCCUUAGUUUGCCUUUUUUUCCUGUUUUGAUAUCUCAUGUUGUUAAGAGGUUAGCCUUCAUUUGGUUUAAUUAUUCAGCAGGUAGUCAACCUCUUUUCUCUGACAGCUUUAAUAUGCUCUCUUUGUCUUUGACGUUCUUAGUUUCUGUUUAUCGUGCUUGCAUGCCAUGGUGUCUUUCAUCAAACGUAGAAUAUUCACAAUCAUCUCUUUGAAUAUUUCCUCUUUCAGCUCUGUAUCUUGUUUAUAGUCCAUGUUGUUUAACCUUUUCUCCUUGUAUUUUUUAAUCUCUAAUUUAUAUUCUAGGCCAUUUCGUUGGAUCUUUAUAUCGCUUUCAGUUUAUUCUACUCUUUAAUUCAUCCAUUGGGUUUGUUUCUUCUGUCUUUUUAUUUUAACCUUAGGUUCAUAGGAUUGAGUGAUCACAUGCCUUAUACCCCUUAGUUCACAGUAAACAAUUAUAAUUGGUCCAAACUAGGCUUUAUUUACUCAUUCUAUUCUAUCCCUAAACCCUACCAUUAUACCCUUCCCCAUUAUCAGGAAAUAUUCUAAUGUGUUUGGUAUGUAUCUUUUUAUUUGUAGGUGUUUUUAUAGAACUUAUGUUAUUAUCUUGGUUAUAUGUGUUUUUUAAUUUUCAUAAAUGUCUAGUCUAUACAUCAUAUUCUUCUUAAUUUUUUACUAAGCACUAUACUUUAAAGGUAUUACUUUAAAGUAUACUACUUUAUAUAUAUUUGAUCUAUCACCUCUAACUACUGUAUAGUAUCUCAUAAUGUGUACCCAUGAUGUUUCAAUGCUCUAUUCACCCAGUGAUAUAAACUGUGUUGGUGGGACAGUUAAUUUGGGGGAAAGGCCAAAGCAGAACCGAAAAGCCUUGCCCCCACCCAUCCUCUCACUACUUCAUGCCCCACCCUCCGCCCUGGGCUGCCGGAAGCCGUGUUGCCAGCACCACCCCCCAACACGCACACACACAGGCACACAGUCCAUGACAGCCUUCACUCUCUGAGAUGCUCUAGACUUCUUGUGUUUCAUGCUCAGAUCCUCACUACCCUCUCCCUUCUAUGGGGUCUCCAGAGCUGAUCUGAGCCAGGGUGCCAGGUGUCAAUUUGUCCGCUUUCAGAAUUUCAAUUCCCCUGAGUCUGAUAAAUUUAGGGGUUACAUUUUCAAUUUGAGAAUUCUCUUUUGUUCCUCCUAUCUGCCUGGUCAUUUUUGACAGUAUCUUGUUCCUUCAUCAUAUACUCAAUAUCUUCUUUCAUUUUAAAAAUAUAUUAAGAAACUUUAUUCAUAUCUGGUGUUUCCACAUCAUCAGUGUUUUAUGGGUCUGAUCCUAUAGUUUGUUUUUCUUUUAACUCUUCCUUGGAAUUGCUUGUUUAGUGGACUCGUUCUUCGGAAUUUUAUCUCUGGAAUUUUUUUUUUAAGACCUGAGUUUAAAGUUCACACCACCAGAGAAAAUUUGUGUUUGCUUUCACCUGGCUGCUGUUACUCUCAAAUUUGGAUCAAUUUAAAAUUUCACCUUGAGUAUUUUGAGAGGGGAUGGGAAACUACAUGGGCUUCCCCAGUGGCUCAGUGGUAACAAAUCCGCCUCCAAUACAGGAGAUGCGGGUUCGAUCCCUGGGUGGAGAAGGAAAGGGCAGCCCACUCCAGUAUUCUUGCCUGUAGAAUCCCAUGGACAGAGGAGACUAGCGGGCUACGGUCCAUCAGAUCUCAAACAACUGGCCAUGACUGAAGUGACUGAGCACACACAAAUGGGAAACUGCAUAGAUAGGGUGGGUUCUGGCCCUAAGUCAGCCAGAUUGCAACCCUAUGAGUAGGGAUAAGCAAGAAUACCCAGUCCUCUGUGGAGUGAGGUUUCUUUCUAGACACCUAUUGAAGAUGUUGCCUCUGCAAGUUCUUGCCUUUGUGCACAAGUCUUGGAUUAAACACACACAUACAUGCACGCACACAUACCUCACGCCCCUUGGGCUGCAACCUUUAUCCCGUUCUGCCACAAAGCAGAGCCCAUUUGUUUUGUACUAGGACAUCUAUUCCACCAUAUUGCCUAAUAUGGAAACCUCCAGAUUGUUAAAUUCAUCUUAGUAGCACACUUCUGUGCUGCUGUAGCAGAGAGAGCACAGAAAAGCACUCCAUUCUAAUUUCUGCUUAAUUUACAGUGAAAGGAAUUUAGGGUGGAAACAUUAUAUAAAAGCAAUGGAUGGAGUCUUGUGACAGGCUUAAACCUGGUCAUCAAAUAUUGUCUAUGAAUAGAAUAAAUGUCAUAGAGAAUAAGUUAAAAGACAUGAAAUUUAGCUACGACACAAUUGAUUUACUGUUAUCAACAAGUCACUUUGCCUCUCAGUGUUUCAGCUUCCAUAUUUGCAAAAUAAAAAUAAUACAGCCUUUGGAUGUCAGGGUUCAUUAUAAGGAUUGAACACAGUAAGAUGUAUGAACUUAUUUUGAAAAGUGUAAUGCAAUAUCCAAAUGUAAGUUGUAAGGAGAUACUUUGACAAUGCUGCGCCUUUUAAGUUAAAAACUGUUUGUGUAUAUUUGUUAAAGGGAAGCAUUUUUUGUUAUUGGUUAAGUGAUUAUUCAUUUAUUCAGUCAAACAUUUAUUGAGCAUUUCCUCUUAGAUUGAUACUAUGCAGUGGGUUACCCUUCUUCAAGAACACACAGUUUAUUAGAGAAAGCAAUAUAUACCCAAGUAAUUUAUUAUAAAUGUAGUUGUAAUAAAUUCAUCAUCCUAAAACUGUUUUAAAAUUCUGAUUCAACACUCGUUCUAACUGACCUUCCAUCACUCAUUCCAAAUUAGUGUUCUGUAAUAAGAAAUUACUAUGUGCCUAAUUAGAUACAACAAAACAUAUACAUCCAGUAUUGUGAUUAUAUGUUAAAGAUCUCCAAAACAAAAUACAGCUAUUGAGGCAUCAGAAUUUUUUGAAAACUGUAUUUUACGUAUAGUAAAAACCUACCCUCUUCAUUUUUACAGCCCCUCCUCUAAAUGUCAAAUUAAAGAAAAUGAAUGACUAGCGGUAUUAUUUCAUAUCAGUGACCAACUGAGGCAUCAUUUAGCAAAAACUAAAUGCUCUGAAGAUAUUCAGGAAAAAGUUGUUUGUCACUAAGUAAAGAAUGUUGGUAAGCAACCUAUUUGGGAACUUUUAUCUGUCUUGUUUGGCCUUCCCGACACACUUCAUUAUAUUUUGCCGAUUUUAUCAUUAAGGUUGGGUCACAAGUCUAAGGCAGAGGAGCUUCUGUGCUCAAAAUUUGCAUGAUUACUACUGUUUAUUUUCUUAUGAAAAAUAAUUUGAGUGGCCUUUCUAUAAGCUAAUCCUUCUAAUUGAACCAUGGAAUCUUAAAACAAUUUCAAAGAUCAAAGCACAAAAAUUAUCUAGGUUUUGAUCUUAGUAUAAAAUAACAUCAAUAAUUUUAAAACAAGAAUUACAUGCCCUGAGAAUGUACACUGAUUUAACCUAUUAAAUUUGCCAAUACUGCAAGCCAUUAUUUACCAAAUUGCAUUAUUAGGUAUUCAUAUUUACAUACUCAAUUAGGAAAAAGUUAGCAAGCCAAGAUUAAGUUCCCGGUAGCAUUAUUUUAAGUUACAGUGGGUGAUCACAUAAAACUCUCUAAUGUUUCUAUUACUUACUCUAUUUCAGAGUGUUAAUCUGAGUCGUUGAUCAUUGGUGUUAGAAAUAUUUGGUUUAAUUGUUUACUUUGUUUGUAAUAUUUUCUUGAGUAAGAUAAAAUUUGUGAAAAUCUCUACUGAACAAUUUUUAAAAGGAGUAAUUUGACAACACUUAACAUUUUAAAGUAUUUUUUAAGCAGGAGAAUCUCUACUGUAAAAAGAAAUCUUAAAUAUUUAAUACUCUUGAUUUUAAAAUGGUAUAUAGGUGGAUUUAUGAGGAAGCAAAUUAUCUUGAAAAGAUUUUAGGUAAGAAAUGCAAAUGCUUUGUAAGUCAAUUUAAUGUGUGUGUGUUUUUUCUAAUAUGCAAUGAGCCAAUAAAUUAACUUUUAAAGCACAGGUGAAUGACUGUCUCCUUAUUUCCCUACUAGGAGCAUGUUGGGCGACAGAAGAUUUUAUUACAGUUAGUAAAUGAUUUGGGAAAUAAUUUUGCUGUCUGGAGAUCCUCAAACCCUCAUCUUUCCCCACCAUUUACAUAUGUAUUCUUAUUUUCUCAUAUUUUCAGUAAAAGAACAUUAAUUGUUACAUUCAGAACAUUUUUCAGUAUGCAUGUGUGUGUACUCAGU